UUCCUGUUUACCGCCUGAUGUACCUUCAUACUGUAGUACACAUAUUGCAACACCACUCUCCACUGCUGGGGCUUUCAUCCACAACAACAUAUGCACCAUUGCGAUCCUGCAGCCACCGGGUUGACUACUGUAUAACUUUAAUUCGUUUAUCGCCAUGAUCGUGGUUACUGAGGAGACAUGAAGACGUGACAUUGAGGAAACGUGCGCAGGCCGGGGAAAGAUCCUGGAGAUUUCCUGACUCCAGCUGACCGGAGUUCAGUUAGGGGUUGCUAAGAGUCGCGCAUCAAUUCACCCGAUGUCACAAACGCAAACUAAACAGUAGUGAUGUGGAGGACUACACAGGUCUGAAUUAAUUUUCUCAAAUGAGUAUACAGGGGGGUUUGAGUUAGUGGAAACCACCAACCUACGCCUGGUAAGCUGAACUAGCCUGUUUAGCUAGUCGUGCUAACUCCGGUAGCAGCAACAGCCACCGUGCUGUGCGGGCUGGCUCGUGGGUUGUGUUUGGAGAGUGGAGCAGCUCGCCGGUGCCCUGAAUUCAGGAAGAGUCCCCGGCUCUGGCCCCCUCAAGCGGGCAGUCAGGAAGAAGCUGGCUGGGAAGGGAUGGCCUGGUCGGUCUUCCCGUUCCAAAGGACAAGGCUCUGCGGUGUUUGAAGGAGGUCGAGUUCGGCUAGAGGCCACCACCGCGGGUCGUGGCGCUAUGAUGGCCGCCUCUCCCACCUCGGCCGGCGGCUAUCCGGCCUCCGGGCUGUCGGUCAGAAAGAGCGAGGAAAUAGCGGAUUUGAUAGAUGUGUUUUCCAAGAUGCAGUACAGAGCAAAGGAAGCCACUCCUCGGAUGGAGGCGAUAGAGAAGCACUGCUUGGAGUUAUUCGCCAGAGACUACAAGUACAGUAUCAUCGACAACUCCAAUGGAGAAGUGUGUGGCCAUUACCCUCGGCAGAUAGUUUUCCUGGAGUACCAAUGCACAGAUGUCGAGAGAGACAGGUUUGAGAGCACAGUGCAGAUCAGUAAGCUGCAGGACCUGGUGAACCGGAGUAAGCUGGCUCGCUGCAGAGGGAGGUUCGUCUGUCCGGUCAUCCUCUACAACGGCAAGCAUAUUUGCCGGUCGUCCACUCUGGCGGGAUGGGGGGAGCUGUAUGGACGCACGGGCUACAACUACAUCUUCUCAGGGGGCAUUGAUGACACGGAGUCUGAGGAGGUUCCAGAGGAUGACAGUGCAGUCAGGAACGGGGACUCCCAGCUCUUUGACAAGGUUCGAGGCCUCGACAUUAAGCUGCUACGUUACCUCUCGGUUCGCUACAUCUGUGACCUGAUGGUGGAGAACAAGAAGGUUAAGUUUGGCCUAAACGUGACAUCGUCUGAGAAGGCGGACAAGGUCCAACGCUAUGCAGACUUCACCUUGCUCUCUGUGCCUUACCCAGGGUGUGAGUUUUUUAAGGACUACAAAGACAGAGACUACACAGCAGAGGGUCUGGUGUUCAACUGGAAUCAGGACUACGUGGACGCUCCUUUGACAAUCCCCAUGUGCUUUACUCAAAACUUGAACAUCGACUGGACUCGAUACCAGUCGUGGGACCUGGUGGAGCAGACCCAGAACUAUCUGAAGCUGCUGCUGCACAUCAUCAACAGUGAUGAUGAGAGUGGCCUCCUGGUGCACUGCAUAUCAGGCUGGGACCGCACGCCUCUGUUUGUGUCUCUCCUCAGGCUCUCCCUGUGGGCAGACGGCGCCGUGCACGCCAGCCUGGAGCCAGCCGAGAUCCUGUACCUGACCAUCGCUUACGACUGGUUCCUCUUCGGUCACAUGCUGCCAGAUCGACUCUCCAAAGGGGAGGAGAUUUUCUUUUUUUGCUUCAAUUUUUUGAAGCACAUCGUCUCAGAGAAGUUCUCAGCUGUUAAGAAACAGAGGAGGAAGAACUCCCACAUCAAAGACGGUGAUUUGACUGUGGAAGAUCUCUGCCAGUUAAAGUCGAGGGAUCGCGGCAGCGUGACCAGCCUGAGCAGUGACUUCUCCCUCAUCACUGAGGAGGUGGGCGGCGCCUCCAGCCUCACCAACGACACCGUGGACCUGUUCUCCAGCCAACCCCAGGCCUCCAGCUGGAGGAAAGGCCCCACCUCCUCUCCUCAGAUGGUAGUCUGGAACAAACAGAACCCUCUGGACGAGCACCUCUCCCACCCACUCAGCGAGGCCAGGUCUUCCAGCUCCUCCUCCUCCAACCAGUCGGAACACGGCAUCACGCGCACCGGCAGCAGCCCGUUGGCCGUCCCCGGAAGAAGGUUAACAGCAGACUACGCCCGGUCCGGUUCCUCCCUCUCUACGGAUUAUGGGAGCUGGCAGAUAGUUUCGGGUUGUGGCAGCAUCCACGACCACGCCCACUUCCCUCCACCCCUGGCCUCGGCCUCCUCCACCUCUUCUGCUGUGGCUGCUGCCUACGACUCCCCCCUGCCCUUCAGUUUUCAGGAUGAAGGACCCAGUGGCCGAAUGUGUCAAUUCCCCUCAGAGCGUCAGGCCCGCCUGGAGGCGGUGCGGGAAGUCUUCCUGGCAGCCUACAGCUCCACCGUCGGCCUCACGUCCUCUGCGCCCAGCCCCUCCGGCGCCAUCUCCGGCCUGCUGGAGCAGUUUGCCCGCGGGGUCGGCCUCCGGGGCACAAACGCCAUCGUCUGAACCCUCCCAAUGUGACUUCAGACCCUCCUUCCGCUUCCAUCCAUCCAAAGUCGACACAACAUGCCUGGACUCAGUACAAUAAAGUGCCAAACAUCUCUGUUCAGUUCAGGGGUGAAGCAUUCAUUUAUUUUCUUUUUUUUUGGAAUUUCCUUUGAUUUUUGUUUUUCAGACCAUUUUCAUGCUCCAACUUUUCUCUGGACUUUUAAUCUCCAUGUUCAUCAGUCACAUUCAGGGAGAGAAAUGUUUUUUCAGCCACAGUAUCAAAAAGGGAUGUUAAGAAUGCGUUCUAGCUGCUGAAAUGUAAAUGGCUGAGAGCAUGGGGUCUGUGCCUGUUCCAGGCCCAAUACGAACCUUUCCCGUCUGCUCCUAAGUGUCCCUGCAGAGACCGUCCCAUGUACAGGCCGUGAUGUGUUUCUCCUGAUCAUGUUUUGUGCUGCUAAAUUCAUUACUGAUUGAAAUUGUUGUUUUGUGUACUGCGGAUUUUAAAGAUUAGAUAAAUACAGCACUUAUUGUGUUCGGACUGAAAUGGCACCAUUUGGUUUGUAAUUUGUAGAUGACAUUUAGAAUAAGAAAUAAGGGCAUUAGUUUCAGAGCUCACAGCUUUGGGGUUGAGACUCAAAGGAUAAGGAUGGGUUUUUAAAGUCUGUCUUAAUGCAAUACUCACAUGCCAUGUGUACACUAAAAGAAUCAUUGGCUGCAGUAAUAGUUCCUUCUUUCCGCACUGGCAGUGAAGGGAUCCCUUAAUGCGUUAGGGGACUCAACCGAUAGUCCUUUUUCUUUCUGUAAUACGAGGCUUCAGCAGUUUGAGUUAGUGCCAAUGUUUUGUCCCGGUCUUGUGUCAUAUUUUGAUUAGGGAUGGCAAGAUCCUCUUGGGGUUAAGGGUUCACCGUUCAGGUAACAAACUGGUCCAUACCACAUGUCGUCUAACGGCAAAAGUGUUUUUACCAGUUUGGAAAUGCCACACUUGAAGCCUGUCUGUCAGAGAGAAGGUGAGAGGAAACGUUCAGAUAGGGGUAAGGGUGGUUCUUGUUGGAGACUAGCAUGGUGUGUUGGCAACCCCGGUCAGUCACUUUGUGAAGUGGCCUCAUUGACGGUUUCAAGAAAGUUUCGAAAUUGCCAGACGCAGCACUCCGAUUCCAAAUCACUAACGCUGUGGGAGGAUGCGGUUGGCGAUCCGUCAAGCAUUUAGUUUGAAGCGCACCGAAUCCUUGAAGCCUCAGUUCGCUUCAACUGAAGUACGCAAAGUAGUUUGUGUGAAGGGUCGUCCGGACACGUCUGAAGGCAAAAGUGUUUCUGGUUGUUCAGAAUGGUCAGCAUGGUCAGUAAGAGUGGUUGAAGGCUGGGAGAAAAGCCAGUAUGCACAGAAGGGAUGAUUACAUCUGACAUGUGAGGAAGAUGGUCUGUAAAAAGAUCUGAUCCCAUCAUUUAACUAGAUCACUUCCAUUUACAGGGACUGUUCCUGAAUGGCCUAACCCCGGAAAUGAAGCGACGAACGUACCCAAGCGAUCGUUUGCGCCAUUGCCAGUCUAAUGUCUCCAUAUCCUCUACUUGAGUCCAUAUCCAGUCAUUUCUUCUUCUUCUUCAGUAGCACUGACAUGGUAGCACAAGAGGCACUGAGCAUCGUGGUAGCAGAUCUGUGAACCGUCGGACUCCAGUGAAGCGAGGUCCACGUGAUUCCUGUGAUUUCUGCCCAGCUGUUAUCACGCAAUUUGUUAAAAAACGUGACAUUUCUACCUGAGCUGCUUUUGCGUAAAUUCACACUUUUUAAGUCAUUUUCUUAAGAGAAUACUGUUGAGAGAUUUAAUUUGAAACUAGCUUGUCGGUGUUGCCAAAACAGUUUUGACGGCUGCUGUACCUCAGGACCUUUGUUGUGCCUUUUUUUUAUCUUCAGUACCACUGGGUCAGAUCUCUACUUCUUCUGGUCCAGUGUCAGGUGUAGUUAUUUUUCUUAAAUGGUUCUAAGAGCUUGGGGUGUUUGCGGCUGAUUCUUAAUGAAAGUUUUGACUGUAGAGCAUUAGCAGCGUUAGCUUUGCGAUACAGCUUUCGGGGGAUUCCCCUGUAUCCCUUUUUUGUUGUAUAGUAACGUAAAGCUGUCGAGUCUUAUGGACAUCUCUGAUAAGGUUAAUGACUUUUAUUUUUGCCUAUAAAAAAAGACUGAUAGAAGAGGAUUUUAUUGAUUUUAAGGAAUAAUUCUAGUAGGAAUUUUUAGGAAAUACAUUUAUUCAUUGAGAAGAUUGACACCAAUAUCGUGUCUUUGAAGCCGUGGUCCCAUUUGCAUAUUUUAAUUUGGAUUUUGAAGUAUCGCAUUGGAAAAGCAGAAUCAAAACAGCAAAAUUUGAUAAAACUUCCUUAAUUAAUCGUGGAAAGUAAAGAAAUUGUUGAGGUCAUUUGAGAUGUUUUUUGCCUUCGUCGAAUGAAAGUUGAUGCGCUCAAUUGGAUAUGGAAACGCCUUUGUCAAAUACAUUCUGACAUAGUGGAUAUUUAACUCACAUGAGUGAUAAGCUGUUUCUGCUGUUGUCUUCUCAGAUGUUCCCAUACUCAAAGAAUAAUUCAAACUUGCACAAUUGAAACUAAUUCUCCUCUAUAAAGACCUCUCUCCCAUUUUUUCUUAAUUGUAGAGCGUUCGAUGGCCAAGGUGACUUGUUUUGUUUCUAGUUCACAACCGUUACUACUUCUACUGCGGUUACUGGUGGAUUACAUCCAUGCACAAAGCUGGCUGAUAGUUCCAGCUUCUAACCAAACUACUCUGUAGCCGAGUUCAUUGGCUCCAAACCAGUUGAUGGAAACUGUGCCUAAUUAGCUUUUACUUUUUUGCAGCAAUUCAAAGGUUUGCUUAAAUUUUGCUCCAAAAUGAAAUGGAAACAUGACGAGUGUUGAAUACAGAGCUAGAGCCAGAACCUAUCUACCUACAUUUGCAUAGAGACAGGGGCGUUACACGGCUGGCUUAGCUUUGUUUCAAGGUAAAUAAUGUGCAUACCAACACCUCAGAAGCUUUUCACCAUGUGGUAUGUCGCUUUCUGAAGCCAAGUGGGUUAAACUAAUUAGAUACGUUUCUCAUCAGGCGGCAGCUGUUAGGUGUAUCUGUUUAGAGUAUUUAUGCUAAGCUAGGCUAACCACUUCCUGACUCCGGCUCUGUUCUUAAUGCUCAGACAUGGAGGUGGAAUUGAUUUAGAAAGAAUUAGAAUAAACAUAUUUCCCAAAAUAUUCAAGGGUUCUUAUAACUUGUUCUGCUACAUUCUGAACCAAAUUCUGCUUUCUGUGUACCACAAAAACACAUUUGCUGAGUUGUUUUUAAGCUACAGGAGUUUCAUCCCUUUAUUCUUGAUGCAUGAAGGAAUUUGUGAGCAUUUGGUUCACAUGGCCGUAUGUAUCAGUCGAAGUGUUUUCAUUUUGUAUUCCUCCACCAACUGACAGUAGAACAAUCUGCCUGACUUUCAGGCAUGGCCUCAUCUCCCUGUCCAGUUUGAAACUUUCUUCUGAACAUAUCGGUCCUGAAAAGGAGUUCUAAUUCACUCGAGGUUUCAUAUCGUUUGCUUUUAUGUUGGCAUCAUGUCUUGCUGUUAAGCAGCCAGUCACAGGACACUUGCAAAAACAUUGUCAUUUUCACAGUCCUGAAAACAGGCAUUAUUAGAAAAAAGAUCUCCUCCGGAGUUAAAUACAUGUCACUUUUUCACUCACCGGUUUUGCAUGACAUCCUUUCAUUUUUAUUUCAGAAUCUCUUUUUAAAAUGCUGCAUUGCACUCGUCCUGAUCUCCUCGGUGUGAAGAGGUUUCUUCUUUGUACAGUUGAGGCAUUUUUAAGUAAUUCUACCUUUUUAGUUCUUUUGUUAUUAAUUGCUCUUAAUUGUUGGCACGCUACAAAUGAAAAGUGAACUGAGCAGCCGGUGGCAAUUGUGAAUAAACAAAAAAACAUUUUUGUGACUUG